AUCAAAUCGAAACAAGUGAUACACCGGCAACGACAACUGUUCGCCGUUGAUUUCCACCGAAUACCUGACUAUCUGCGCUGCGACGGCAAGAAAUUGAAAAUUAUGGCUUACGGUUAGUCAAAUUUUCAAUUUUUAUGUUGGGGAUAUUCAUGAGUAAAGAUAGAUUCAUAAAGGUCUAGUCUUUUUGGGAUCUGAUAGAAUUCAAAGUGAGAAGUCGUUUGGUAGACUAGUGUAGGCAAAUUCGGUGAAUGUGAUAUAAGCUUGUUACAGGAAAAAUGGGAACUUGCUAUAUUUAGAACAUUUGAAAUUUAGGUUUUUGUAUGACAUAGGAUCCAACAAUAGAUUAACGAAUGAUAACUGUUGGAAAGAGCCAGCCUUGAUCUAUUGUUAAGAGAAUUAUGACCCUUGAACUUAUCUUCCAACCAGCUUCCUUGUGAUUUGAGAGAGAAACCAAAUCUGAUUUUCAUGAAAUCCAAAACAGAGCUCCAAUGUCGGAGCUGCUUCCUCCUCCUCCUCCUCCUCCUCCUCCUCCUCCUCCUCCUAGGAGGGAUUCAGGAUUUGGAGAUCCUGCAUUGGUAUUCCCUGAGUUUGCUGCCAAACAAUGCGGUCUCGAAAAAGUUAUAGAGGAAGAAGGAGAAGGGGAAGAUAGUAGCUAUGGCAAAGGUUCUUUUGAUCUGAGUUCAAGAUUCUCAAGCCCUUCCAUUUCUCGAAACAGGUUUGAUGAUGUUGAAAACCCGAAAAAGGCUUCGUCUUUUAAGCGGCCUCCUUCUGCGUCGAGACUGUCUGGCUUUCGAGAGGAAGAAGAGGCCGAUCGGAGUAGAAAAUCGGGUUCCUUUGUGGAUCAUAUCGGUCAGGAGGACAAGAGAAUAUGCGCCUCUGGAUGUUUCAGAAAAUGCUGCGCUUGCACCUGCAUGUUUGUUUCUGUUGUCCUUAUAAUCGUCUUGUUGGUAGGAUUGUCUGCAAACUCUUCAAUCAAAUCUAUACUACCUCAGGUGCUUGUCACAAACCUCAAGUUCUCGAGAUUGGAUAUCGCCAAAUCAUCGACAGAUCUUCUGAUGAAUGCGAACUUGAACACGGUGCUUCAGCUCUCUAAUAAUAAUGACAAGACGGUGCUAUAUUACAGUCCUAUGAAAGCUGAUAUAUCUUCUGAGAACAUAAACCUCGGAAAGAAGACACUUUCUGGAUUCAAGCAGGACCCGGGAAAUGUUACCUCCUUGAAGAUCCUCACAAGACUCAGAAAAUCCAAAGUGUAUGAUGUUGAUGCUACAUUGCUGACAAACAAAGAGAAGACGCUUGAAGCUUUGGUUGAUGUGUUCUUGAGAGGGAAACUGAGUGUUGAUUGGUUGGGAUUUAAGGUUCAUAUACCAAUUGUUAUUGCGUGCGAGAGUGUGAAGCAGAGUGAUGUGAUAAAUGGUCUCAAACCAGCGUGCGAUGUUCGAAUCUUUUCCGAAUGAAAACAAUGAGAGCUAUUGAUACACAAAGACCCUCUGAUCUUUGUUUUGUUCUGUUCCUUUUUGUUGUUGCUAAUUUACUCGUUGUAGAUUGAUGAAUACAUAGAAAGAGAGAAGUGACUCAACUUUGUUUCUCUAAACUUAACAUCAAGAAUCCACAAGUUAUCUACCUUUUUUUUUUCUUCACAUCAUCAGUCUAUGUUUUCUUCAUCAUUGACUUGGCUUGUAAGUGAUAUAGUUACGUCCAUAAGUUUGUUAAAGGUUGGUUUGAUCUCUUUCUCUUUCUAUACCUAGAGAGAUGGAUCAAAACUCGAAUCACGAUAGAGCCACAUGCAAAAUCUUGGGCGUUGAAGAUACGCCAUUAAUGCUCUCUUCCAUAUCAUACCACAAUUAUUGAGUCUUUGGAAAAAAUUGUAAAAAAAGGAAAGACUUUUGAGGAGAUUAAAAUAAGCAG